AUGGCUUCUACUUCUUCAAACAUAAAACCCCAUAGUCAUGUCAGGUCCAUCAGCUUACCAUCUACAUCAGACCAGCAAUCCGUAUUUGAUGAGUUGUACAGAUUUCAAGGUUCUCAAGAACCCACCUCAUCUUGCUCAUCAUCAUCUUUCGUAAGCGAUAAACUAAAUCGUCUGAAUGAUAUGUAUGAAUCCAUCCAGCCAUUCCUUUCAUUGCCAUCAACCAAACAAUCUUUAGUCCAAGGGUCCCUCAAAGAACAGCUAAACAAGUUUUUGGAUGAACAUAUUGGGCUUUUGGAUCUGUGUACCAUCACCAAGGAUGCCUUGUUGAUAUCACUGGAUUAUGCCAAGGAACUCCAGUCGGUGAUUCGACGCCAGAAAGGAAAUGAUCACGGGCUGACAUCCUCAUUUGAGGCCUAUCUAUCGCACAGGAGAAAAGUGAAGAAGACCGUUUGUAAAACAUUGUCAGGUUUGCAGAAGCAUUGGUCCUCUUCGGUCAAGGAAGGCCAGAGAACAAAAUCAAACAUCAAUAUGUUGAAUAAAAUGAGACUAAACACAAUGGAAGUGUUUGAGUCGUUGUUGACAUUCCUUCAUCGAUCAAACACACAAUCAAAAGCCAAAAGGCUGGUCUUUGGUGAUGAAGAUGAUGGGCGGAGAGCGUGCACAUGUGAUCAAACACUAGAAGAAACUGAAGUUAAGAAGUUGGAUCAUGAGCUACAUGCCCUCAUCACCUACAAGAAAACAAAAUCAGAUAGCUUAGUUUUACACCAUAUACAUGAAGGGUUAGCAGAAAUGGAAUUCAGCCUCCUAGAUCUCAGUGAACAAGUAGACGCCUUUUCAGACACUUGA